AUGGGACCGGAUUCUCAGCUUGCCUGUGGCGGUGGCACGGCCCACUGCCCCGGGGGUGUGACCUGGGCCGUGCACCUGGCAGGAGGACCGGAGGGCUCGCCUCCCUCUGAGGAGAACGACCUGGACCGGCAGGCGGACGAACUGGCCAAGGAGGCCGGCCUGGUGAACCUCGGCCGGAUCGGGGAGCUCAGGGGUCACUACCUGCUGGGCUACCGCCCUGCGAGCGCCACGGAUCUGGGCCUGGAAGCCAUCCAGCGAUCGGCGGAGGCGGUAUUUGUGCAGCAUGACGGCGUGAGGUGGCACGCCGAGCAGCGGCUCCUCAAGCGGUCCAAACGCGCUCUGCAUUUCAAUGACCCCAAGUUCCCCCAGCAGUGGCACCUGAGCAAUCGCAAGAGCCCUGGCAUGGACAUCAACGUGACGGGCGUGUGGGAGAGGAACGUGACGGGCCAGGGCGUGACGGUGGUGGUGGUGGAUGACGGCGUGGAGCACACGGUCAAGGACAUCCAGCCCAACUACAGCCCUGAGGGUAGUUACGACCUGAAUUCCGGCGACCCGGAUCCCAUGCCCCACCCCGACGAGGAAAACGGGAACCACCACGGGACGCGCUGUGCGGGAGAAAUCGCGGCCGUUUCCAACAACAGCUUCUGCGCCGUCGGAGUCGCCUACGGGAGUCGGAUCGCAGGGAUCCGUGUCCUGGACGGGCCCCUCACCGACAGCAUGGAGGCCGUGGCUUUCAACAAGCACUAUCAGAUCAACGACAUCUACAGCUGCAGCUGGGGUCCAGACGAUGAUGGCAAAACGGUGGAUGGCCCCCAUCAGCUUGGAAAGGCCGCCCUUCAGCAUGGGGUGAUGGCUGGCCGCCGAGGCUUCGGGAGCAUCUUCGUGGUGGCCAGCGGCAACGGAGGGCAUCACAAAGACAACUGCAAUUACGAUGGCUACGCCAACUCCAUCUACACCGUCACUGUCGGGGCCGUGGACGAGACAGGCUCCAUGCCCUUCUACGCCGAGGAGUGUGCCUCCAUGCUGGCGGUGACCUUCAGUGGCGGCGACAAGCUGAUGAGGAGCAUCGUAAGUCGGGGUGCAAGCAGGCACUCCCUUGCACACCUGUCUGGUUGGGCAGCCGCACGGCCGUGCCCGGCCCAGCCUGGCUUGGCUCCCUGCUCCCGUUUCGCACACAUGACCAGCCUUGCGCCUCUUCCCCUCCUUGCCUCCCCACGUGCCCUGGAAAAACCCCCGACCUUUCUUUGCCCGUCCAUUUAUUUGCCUGUCCAUUCAGUUCCUCUUCCCCUUUUCCUCCCCAGUGAUGCCUUUCGACUCAUCCCUCACAGAGCCUCCGGGGUGUGCUGGGCUCCUAUGGGGAGACCUGCUUCCCCGCCAUCACGGAGGGUCCGGGGGGGGAAGAUCCUGCUCUGGCCCCAGGAGGCUCUCGGCAGCCUCCCCGCGGAGCGGCCGGCCCCUGUGCUCCCCCUGAGCCCCCUUUUCCCUCCCUCCCUCCCUUGGCAGUACGAAGACCACCGGGCUUCAUGGGACACCAACCAGGCGGGGCUGAGCCACAGCCACCAGCACGGGUUCGGCUUGCUGAAGGCUUGGAGGCUGGUCAAUGCCGCCAAGGUCUGGGAGUCGGUCCCUUACUUGGCCUCCUACGUCAGUCCCCUCCUGAAGGAGAACAGAGUCAUCCCCCUGACGUCGGACCAUCUGGAGGUCGCCUGGAACGUCACGGAGGCAGACCUGGCGCUGUCUGGCAUGAAAACGCUGGAGCACGUGGCGGUCACGGUCACCGUCACCCACCCUCGCCGAGGCAACUUGGUCCUCAGCCUCUUCUGCCCCAGCGGCAUGAGCUCCUUGAUCGGGACGGCCCGCAGCAUGGACUCGGAUCCCAAUGGCUUUUUGGACUGGACUUUCUCCACCGUGCGCUGCUGGGGUGAGGAGGCAAAGGGCACCUACCGCCUCCAGAUUCAGGAUGUUGGGGACGAGACCCUAAGAGCUGGGGUGCUGAAGCAGUGGCAGCUGACGCUCUACGGAUCCUCCUGGGCCCCCGAGGAGAUCAAGGAGCGGCAGAGGCGGCUGGAGGAGGCCAUGAGCGGCCAGUACCUGGAGGGCAACUUCUCCUUGCCCUGCCCGCCGGGCCUGCAGAUCCCCGAGCAGGAGGCCUACGCGCUCUCCACCAACACCCUCAAGACCCUGAUGCUGCUGGGCUGCUUUGCCAUCUUCUGGACCUUCUACUACCUGCUGGAGGUCUUCCUGACCCGCCACUCCCGGGCCCACAACCUGCCGGGCUGCGGUGGGGGCCGCCCUGCCUGCCGGUGGUACCCCCGUGGCCGGAGAGCCCUGAGCCUGGAGGACGGGGCUGAGGAGGAAGAGGUGGUCCCCUUGUACGGAGGGAAGGAGGUGGGAGGAGAGGCUGAGCCGCCCCUGCCGGGCCUGGCAGCUGCCGAGGAAGAGGAGGAGAAAGAGGAGGAGGAGGAGCGGCUGGACAAGAGCCUGCUGGCACCCAAAGCCCUCCCAAGGGAGAGGCCGGCUGAACCUCCAGGACCAGGAGCAGCCCACCUCACCCAGGGCUUCCUGACGGCUGACAGAGAGCGCCAGGGAUGCUAGUGCACAACCAUCGCCUGUGGCUCCUGGGGGUCACUCCCCCACAAACCCCCCACUCUCUGUCCGGUUUGGUGCUCUUUUAUGGGGGGGGGCUGGCCGAGCCGAGCCAAGCCGGCAGCCUCUUG